AUGACGCAGCCCAAGUGGAAGAAGGCGCGCUACAGCAGCGGUGACUACACGAUCAAGGCCGCCACGUCAGCGCCCGCGCGCUGGCCCGGCACGCAGCCCCUCCGCGCGCUCCUCAGCCGCGAGCGCGAGCAGCAGGACACGCCGCGUCCCACCGUCCUGCUCAGCGAGGCGUUCACCGCCGUCUACCUGAGCAUGCUCGCGCACGGCCUGACGACGUACGACGCCGGCGCCCUCUACCGGCUCGUCUCGCACCGCAUGGAGGAGGGGAUGUGGAACAUGCUGUUCGGCGGCGGAGUCAAGAAGCUGCUGAAGGUGUCGCUGCCGCCGCCGCAGAGGACACGGCUCGUCAGUGAUUCUGACCAUGAGAAGAAGAAGCGUGUCAACCUGCACAUGAAGUUUCUGUCAGGAGGCAACGUGACGUACCAGCCGCAGCAGCAACAGCAGCAGACCCCGGUAGAGCCUGCCGUAUCUGAGAAGCCAGCGUACAAAGAGCAGUUUCUUCCUCCAGAAACCAGCAUUGCCAGCUUCCUGAUGUCAAAGCCCAGCGAACUAGAGAAGCUGAAGGAGAUAGACUACGAUUCGGAUGAGUCGCUGCCUAGCAGUGAUUCGGAGCCUGAGGAGGAGGAUGAUGACAAGUUGGGCAUGGACCAGCCCAAGGUGGAAUGUUGCGAACACUCCGAUCCUAACUCGUACAGCUGGUGUCUCAUGAGGUUUGCGAUCGUGAAGCUGGUACUGAGGAACCUGGAGCGAUUCCUUCCCAUCCCCGGCCUGGACCUCACCGAGCUGCCUGUGCUCUCACCGCUAGUCUGUAGCCUACUACACACGCUGGAGCGAUGGCAGGAACUAUACUGCGUUGAGAAGAUGUUGAUGUUCGAUGGCCCGCCGGAUAACUACAUACCGAACUGCUUCGUUGACACGAGCGUGCCGCAUGACAGUCCGUUCAUCAACAAGUAUCGCGCCAUGUUGGAGCCUCACAACACCCCGUUCAAAUCGAGACAUAAAGCCGCGUUGCCGAUCAAGCGUCUGUGGUUGAGUCUCAUCCACCAGGAGGCGCUACAGGACGAGUUUGUUCGCUACAUCUUCCGGAAGCGGAAGGAGCCGUUCAAGGCAUCUAGGUCUGUUGUCGUGCCCAGUGAGUCACCGAGCCUGCCUCGCACUGCCUCCACCUCACGGUUUUACACCCAACAACCAUCGCCACAACAACAACAACAACAACAACAACAACAACGCUCCCAGGGCUCCACCCUGGUGCCCUCGCACACCAUGCCAACUCUCAGGAGGAAGAUAUCUGUACCGGCAAUGCUCAGCGGUGGCAGUCACUUGAUAUCGACGGGUCCUACGAGGAAGAUAUCCCUGAUGUCCUUGUCGUCUGCGGCAUACAUGGGGGACAGUGGAGUGGACGUGGGAGAUGGACACUCACAUUCCCACCGCCUGCCGAUGAAGAUCAUCCACAAGGAACAGGACAGCAUCACGGCUUUCUGCAUCAACAUGGUCUCUCACACAACGAUCGCCAUGGCAACGUCGAAGGAUCUACAGGAGCUGGACAUCAGUAAGAUCCUCGAGCAGCCAUCUUGGCUCGACGAUGACACUGAGUAUGACAUACUACACCUGAACAGGUAUGCAGAGGUAGAAAUUAACUUUUGA